AUGACGGGACUCUUACCUGCGACCAAACCAUACUGGGAACACUUGGGCAUGAGGAACAAGAUGCUAAAACAUUUGCAUCACGGUGGAUUUGAUUACUUGAAGUAUGAUAACUGCUUUAACACAUGGACAAGUCCAAAAGAAAGAUACCCAAAGAUGAGCAACACUCUGAUAAUUAAGACAAUCCGUCUCCAAGAGCUUACUUCAAAUGUGCUUGUGCUCCAAGCUGUUGUUCAAAGAAGUGUGGAGGAUCAGUCUGUGUUGGUAGCGACUUAUGAGGGUGAACAUAACCAUCCAAUGCCGUCUCUGAUCGAUCCAAACAAUGGCUUAAACCGCUACAUCUCUCUUGGUGGUCACGCUGCACCUGCAGCCAACGGAAGUAAAAAUUUGGCUGAGCCUGUGACUAACGUUGAUUUGACUGAAUCCAAUAAAGUCACUAGCCCAUCAAGAAUGGAUUUUCCAGAAGUUCAGAAACUUUUGGUGGAGCAAAUGGCUUCUUCGUUGACAAAAGAUCCUAACUUCACAGCCGCAUUAGCAGCAACUGUUACAGGGAGAUUGUAUCAACAUAAUCAGAACGAAAAAUAG